AUGCCCUCCACACUCCCCUCCCUCACCGAAGCACACCUGUCCGAGCUCACCAGGCUUAGCCAUGCCUACGUCCUCCUAUUGAAAAUACGCUCUCGCCUGUAUCAUGCAUACUCGUCCCGCCACGCCGUAAGUAUUUCUGUCCUCCGCGGAUUGAUCGGGACAGUAGAGUUUCCGGUGGCGCUGAUGGAGUCGAUGUUUUUGCGGCGGCAGCUUGCAGAGGCUGCUGAGGCGCUGCUGGCGAGGUCUGAGGGUUUGAGUGAGGAUAUUCAUACCUGUGAGCAGUUUUUGGAGGGGGAUGAAGAGGCGGAGCAGAAGGUGCUGGUGUUGAAUAGGUGGAGGUGUGCGAUGUUGGAGGUUGCGGUUGCGGAGUUGGAUGAGUGA